GCGAUCGCGUCAAGUUCGCGUCAUUUUCGCACAAAAAAAAAUAAAACGAUUCACGCAUUUUUGGUUGGAAAAUGUCCCAAUCCGGGAAUUGGAAUUCCCCAUCCGGGGGUGGCGCCGCGCAGGCGCUGAAUGGCCAACAUCCGGAACUAACCUAUGCAGAUGCCGACACCGAUGAGGAGGAACUGGAACUGGACUCCGAGCAGGAGCAGGAGCAGCGGGAGAAGCGUCAGCUCCUCGAUAGAUCUAUGAGCCGGAAGCAGUCGCUCAGCGAGCGCAGAAAUGUGGAGCUGCCGCUGCUGAAGGUUGUGGACGAAAAGGAUACACCAUCGAAGGCAUCUCCUGCAGAGCCCCCCUCCCCGGAAAAGUUUGCUCCCGGACUUCGGCGCAACUCCAUAUCCCUGCCGUCGGGAAUUAAUGCCCUGGAUCUGGAGGCACUGCGUCUGCGACAUCAAAUGCAGCCACAGGAUGCUCUGGAUGAGGAAACGAUAAACGAUGAUGGAGCCUCCAGCCUGGGCAGUCCGGCGCCCACAACAUCCGCCACCACGCCGGAUAAGGGCGUCAGCACGACGACCAUCAAUUUCGCGAAUAAUACCAGUGCCAGUGCCAACGAUGACAGCGAUGGAGAUGAUGAGUUUGGCACCCGGAGACCCGUUCACCGUGAUCGUUUCCGGAGCAGAAGGCGUGCCUCUAUCGCCCCCCUCCCCGCCCUCCGGCUGAACAGCAAGGAAAUGCUCGCCAGCGACUUUGAUAGCCACAGUGUGGCCUCCAACCAGGCCUCCAUUACCAGUGUCAACUCCCUGGCCAGUUUGCUCCGUGAGAAGAUGCAGGCCUUUCCGCAGUUGAUUCGCAAAAAGAAACGAGAAACCAAGGACUACAAAAUUAAAAUAUUUGUGAUCAUCAUGUUCUUCAUUAUCAUUUUUCUGAUCGGUUACGCCUAUGUGGCCUACCAUCAGCAGCUCCUGACGAAGAGCUACUUCCAGAAGAUCAAAUUCAACUCGAAGGACCGCAUCCUGCGUAUCCUGAGCCACGAGGACAAGGAGGUGAUCUCCGGGCAGCUGGGCGUGACCCUGGGCUACGACACGGCGCCAUUCCACUGCCUGGAGGAGCAGCGGCGGAGCGACGGCAGCGUCUGCAUCGAGUGGAACGGCAUCGCCCGGCUGCACAUGAACUUCGAGGACAAGGGCGUCUUCCGGUGCUAUACCCUGCAGUGGCAGGCACUCACGCCGGGCCUUCUGCCCACCGACUGCUACGAGCUGAAGCGGGACAAUGGCCUGUGGUUCGGCGGCGGGGUCACCAAGGGCCAGGAGUGGUCACUGAGCUAUGCCAACUUUGAUUUUGCGCCGUACGCCUCCGGAGACUCGCAGGUGCAUCAGUUCGGCAACGGGGUGAAGAGGUACUUCAUCAACUCGAUCGGGGUGGCGAUGCAGGUGAGCGAGAAGACGCCCCUCCAGUUGGGAGUCAACCGAACGGAGAACCGCUUCUGCCUGCGGGCGGCCAACGAUGAGUUCACCUUCGUGAACCGACUGACUCCGCUGCCCCAGUUGGAUUACCGGAUCUGCACCACGGAGGACAUGCGUAGUCUGCACAUGCUGAUGACCCAGCAGAGUCUCUGGGAUGGCCUGGGGGAGCCCGACAUGAUGGUGUUAAAGUCCCUGCUGAACGAGCCCGUUUGGAGGAUACCCCACGACUCGUCGCCGGACUCCCUGAACGAGACGGCGAUUUGUGAUUACUCGGAGAGCGCCAUUGCCAUGGGUCUGGGCCACAUCGUGAUCAACGAGUUCUGGCAGGAGAAUAUCGGAGACUUUACGGUGGACAAGUCGCGGUUUCCCACGCUCAAGGAUACCAUUGCCGUCCUGCACAGGCGCGGCUUCAAGGUGGUCCUCACCAUUCAGCCGUUCAUCAGCACCGACAGCGCCAACUUCAAGGACGCCGUGCGUCGCAAGCUCCUCAUCUACGAACGCCACUCGGAGCGCAGUAUUCCGGCCCUCACCCGGUACAAGAGCAGCUCCAGUGCCGGUGUCCUGGACAUCACCAACAAUGACUCGGUGCCGUGGUUGCUGGAGAAGCUGCAAGCCCUCCGCGCCGAGUACGGAGUGGAGCGAUUCUACCUGGAUCUGGGAACGGGCUAUAAUCUACCCCACUACUACCAGUGCCGGGAGACUCUGGACAAUCCGGACACCUACGCCCGACUCUUCACCGCCAGCCUGGAGGGCGCCGGGCUGAUAGCUGUGUCCACGGCCAGUGUGGUGCCCAAGCCACCCACUUUCCUCAGUACUCCGCCCGUGAACGCCACCUGGGAGGGCUUGAAGGAGACAUUAGCCGCCGUUUUGAACUACGGUGUCAUUGGGUAUCCCUUCGUCCUGCCGGGAGUGAUAGGUGGCGACUAUUUGCUGCAGCGACCCAUCUCCAAAAUGGUGUCCUUCUACUCCCUGGGCCAGCCGCCAUUGCCCGACCAGGAGCUCUUCAUCCGCUGGCUCCAGCUGGCCACCUUCCUACCCGCCAUGCAGUUUGGCCACCUGCCCUCCGAGUACCGCAGCGAUCUGGUCACCCGGGUGGCCCAGGAACUGAAGGAGACCCGGGAGACCGUGGUGAUUGAUUUGCUGAUGAAGUACCUCCAUCCUUCGAUGAACGAGGGUCUGCCGCUGGUGCGUCCCCUCUGGAUGAUGGAUCCCCACGAUCCCGCCUGUCUCAUAGUCAGUGAUGAGUUUUCCGUUGGCGAGGAGCUAAUAGUGGCUCCCAUCUUGGAACCAGGCCGAGAGACGAGAGAGGUGUACUUGCCCCAAGGGGUGUGGAAGGAUGGUAUUGACAAUUCCCUGCGGAAGGGAAGUCGCUGGAUGCACGGCUAUCGAGUGCCCAAGGAUAAGGUGGCCUUCUUCCGCAAAAUGCCGGACAAUACGAGGUUCUAGACCAACCAAAAAUAGAACUAGCGCACAUAUAUCAUUCCUAGGCCAAGCCAUGUGAUCUAAUCCAGCUCGAAGG